AUGCAGUCCUUCUUUGCCGAGGUCAGUGCCGAUGCUGUCUCAUCCGGGCACCCCACCCAGCCCCGGUCCCACCAGUGCUGAAGGACCCUGCAUCAUUGUGAUCGCAGGUUGAAGAAAUCCAGGACGACAUCAAACAAUUGCACCAAUACGUCAACCAGAUCUCAGACCUUCACUCCCGACGCUUGGCCACGACCGACGAUGCGCAGCAAUCCGAAUCGUCGGCCCACCUCCAGGAACUGACGCAGGCCACCUCGUCCCUGACCAACUCGAUCCGCGACCGCAUCACCCGACUCAACAAUUUCAAUAAGCAGUCCCCGCCGGGCGACGCCGAGUUCAACACGCGCAAGCUCCAGGUCGGCGGUCUGCAGAACGCCUUCCGGCGGGGCCUGGAGGAGUACAACUUGGUCGAGAAGAAGAGCAGAGAAAAGUACAGGCAGAGGGUCGAGAGGCAGAUUAGGAUUGGUGCGUUUCGUUUCAUGACGUUGAAUAUCUAAUCUUGAGCUGACGAUCAGCGCAUUGGCUACAGUCAAACCCGAUGCCACUCAGGCCGAGAUCAAGGCGGCCUUCGAUGAUCAACAAGCUGGCCAGCAGAUCUUCUCCCAAGCAGUCAGUUACACUAUGCGUACUAGCCAAGGCAAUGUGGUAACUGACUCGCAACUCCUGUCCCGGCGUCUCCCCAGCUGGUCUCGUCUCGUCAAUCCGGUGCUCGUGCCGCUUUCGCCGAGGUGCAAUCGAGGAACCAGGACUUGCGCAAGAUCGAAGAGACCAUCACUCAGCUUGCCCAAAUGAUGCAGGAUGUGAGUCAUUGGGUUUUCACAAAUCUUCCACUGGUGUGACCCGACCUGAGCCGCGCCGAUGGUACGUUCCCAGAUGGCUACUCUCGUCUUGGAGCAAGACGACAGCGUCAAGCAGAUCGAAGCCACGGCUGUGCAAGCCAACACCGAUGUUGAGCAAGGGUACGUAGGCUGGUAUUUCCAAGCUGUACAAAAACCAGCGGCUAAUGUCUAGCACUCUCAUCAGUUUGCAACAAACCCAAAAGGCCGUCAAGUCAGCUCGCGCUGCUCGAAAGAAGAAGAUCUUUUGUGCCGGUAUUGUGGUCGCGUAAGUCCUUUGCCGCGCACUCGUUCGCCGCCCGCGAUCACGCAGCUAACCUCGCCCUUUGUGCUAUCUCCGUGCCACCGAUGUUCAGCAUCAUCGUGGGUAAGCCGAAGCGUGUUUGCUGUGAUGUCCCGGGUCUAGCCCACCCAGCUGAAGCGACUCAUCCUUCUUUCUGGCAGUCGUGGUCGUCGUGGUCGUCAUCGAGGUCAGGAAGAAGUAG